GCUUUAAACGUCAAAAUGACAAUUCGGAGGUGGUUUGAAUUUGGAAGCCGUAGUGAUGUGAAACAAUUGGUUUUAUAUAUAGUGCUAUUAUCGAUAUUGGACAAUUCAAUAUGUAAUUCUGGAGGAUUUGAUAAAGAUUCUUUAAGGCCAAGAAAGCUCUUCGGCGGGUACAGAAUAACACCAACUUACUGCAAAGCGACUCGAACAGCAAAAUUUAAUAGAGGCAACACAAUAUGCAUGUUUAACCACGAAUGCUUCCAGCGAGGUGGAGAAGUUGUUGGCACAUGUAUGGACGGAUUCUUAUUCGGGGCCUGCUGUCAAUUAAAAUCCGAUAGUCAAUCUCAUAUACCUAAAGGCCCUGGAGUUGUUAUGACCAGUUACUUAGACUACCCAGAAGAAACUGAAGGUCCAGACUACGAUGCUGAUCAAUUAAAUGCUUGGCAUAACAGUUUCAAACCAAUCGUCACACCUGGUUACAGACCUGGUGAUAAAACAGGUGGUUCAAUGUCAUCUACUGAAAAGUCUGCUGAAAAUUUGAGUACUGAAGGCAUACAAGCUGAGAUUAUCAAUGAAGGUUUCAAUCAAAUAAGUAACACUUUACUACAAUCGCCUCCAAAGGAAGAUAAUUUCGUGUAUAUAAAACCCGUAAAACCUGAUGCUAUAUAUACUCACAGUACAAUAGAUCAUAACGCAGCUGAUACUAUCCUAAUGAACAAAAAUGGAUCCGUGGCAGAUAAUAUAGCAAGACCUUCAGAUUUUAAUAUACAAAUCUCUUCAAUGCAGACAAAACCUACAGCAGCACCAACAACAUCAACCUCGAAACCUCCUAAAACUAUUUCUACCCAUCGACCUGUGUACACUAAGCCAGUAUUCAAACCCAGACCUUCUAAUAAGGUUACAAUUAAGCAACCAUCAACAGAAAGCUACGUAAUGGUACCUACAGUAACAAAAGAAAGUCAGAAGGUUACAGAACUAUCGUCUAUAGAUAGUAUCAUACAAAUGCUAAACGAAAGUACUCCAAGUUUAAAGGACGACGUGACGCCAGAUCCAGAAAGCGCGGAAACAAAAUCUUCGCCAAGUCCUACUGUCACUAUUGCCCCAGUAUCAUAUAGUAGUGGAUAUCCAACCUAUGCUAGUACUGGACAUUACGUCACACUUAAGCCAUCAUCAUAUCCUAGUAGUACUUAUUCACCAAGUACUGUGCAGAUAAAUAGUAAACCUGCAAGUGCUACCUAUUCACCAAACAUAGUGAAGAUUACUAACAAACCUUCCUACUCAAGUAGUACCUAUUCAUCAAGCACGAUUAAGAUUACAAGUAAACCAAUUACGACCAAGCCUUCCUACUCAAGCAGCAUUUACACAAGUACAGUCAAAUAUCCAAAUAAAAAACCCACAUUUGCUUAUACAACCCCAAACACUGUUCAUCAGGAAUUAAGACCAACAAAGAAACCUUAUACUACUCAAAAACCAUAUUCUACUCCAAAACCUAGUCAAUCUACUAGUCAAGCAAUUGAUGCCUUUAACAGAUAUCCCACAGAUCCAAGUGACUUUGAUAAUUCUGUGACCACCUUUAGUUAUAUCAGUUCUACAACCACUAGAAGACCAGCUCCCACAACCACAACCAGGCGUCCCCCUUCUACCAGUUACGUGACAGGAGCGAAACCAUCUCGUAGGCCGAUAACGUCUGAAUCCACACCAAUACCAAGUUACGAAACAGCACCUGACAGUUUUUCAAGUGUAACUCCAACCGUUAUAGUCUUAAACGGAUUUACAGCAAAACCAGAUUCUGCAGAAGACAAAGAACCACAAUUUGUUGAAAUAUCUCAGGAACCAUUCAAAAAACCUAUUAGUCAAAUCACUGUCAACAAUCAUAUAGCUUCAACAAAUAAUAUCUACAUGGGGAAACCUCCUCCACCCUACGAUAGACCAUCUUCACCGACUGUAGUUAUUACUCCAAAACCUUCUCCUACAACGCCAUAUCCUAUAAAAGGAGCCACAAAACCUAUAACAGGAACAACAAGGCCAAUUUCCGUAACGACAUACCCAAAUUUCGAUUCAUAUACAGAUAUGUAUUCAUCAACAACGUUUAGACCGGAGUUACAAACGUCACCUGAUGAUUUAAUAAACUUUCCACCUGUAAGAAAUCCUUUGCUAAACGCCACAGGUUCCAACCCUGGAGCAUUUAAUACCAGCGUAUCAAUUUCGGAAAUAAAUGAAAUAGAUCUGCUACACGAUGUAGAAUUUACGACACCGAUAUGGAAGGAAGACGACAAACUAAACGAACAAAUGAAUCUAUUUGUUAACAAAAUCGUUGGAAGUUUACAAGGUACUUUCCAGGAACUCCACGAUAUAGUAAUAUUAGAUAAGAAACCAAACACAACUAUUAUAAAGGACACAAAAACGACUACACAGAAGCCUAAAAAGACUAUUGCAACCACUAGGAAACCCACAACAAGAAAACCAGUUAGAUUCACUACGACUACCAGACGACCGCCAAUUAGAACCACGAAAAGACCAAUAAAACAAACAACUGCUGCUAGAAGACCAACAACUACCAAUCAACCUCCUACGACGACUGUGGCAACUAAAAAACCUGUGACUACAACUAAGAAACCCAAGCCUACCAAAAAAGUGACCACUACCACCAUUCUACCGUCUACCGUCACUGAGCUAGCUGAUGAGGUAACUACAACGUACGUGGACUCUGCCAUUGACUACAAUGACAAAAAUUUAUGCGGCGUCCGUCCUCUUGUUAAAUCUGGGCGUAUAGUAGGCGGUAAGAACGCUCAAUUCGGAGAAUGGCCGUGGCAGGUCCUAGUGAGGGAGUCAACAUGGCUCGGCCUUUUCACCAAGAAUAAGUGCGGUGGUGUGCUGAUUACAAGCAGAUUUGUUACUACUGCUGCGCAUUGUCAACCUGGGUUCCUGGCUUCCUUGGUAGCAGUGUUCGGUGAAAACGAUAUCUCCGGUGACCUUGAACCACGCAAACCAGUAUCGAAGAAUGUGCGAAGAGUAAUUGUACACAGACAAUACGACGCUGCCACAUUUGAGAAUGAUUUGGCAUUGUUAGAACUAGAUUCACCUGUGAAAUUUGACGCUCAUAUUGUGCCAAUUUGCAUGCCACCCGACGAGGCGGACUUCACAGGUCGCGUGGCCACGGUCACUGGAUGGGGACGAUUGAAAUACGGUGGUGGAGUACCAGCAGUAUUACAGGAAGUUCAGGUUCCUGUAAUAGAGAACAGCGCAUGCCAGGAGAUGUUCCAGACUGCUGGUCAUUCCAAGAAAAUUCUCAACUCAUUCAUAUGUGCGGGUUAUGCGAACGGACAGAAAGAUUCUUGUGAAGGCGACAGUGGAGGUCCUCUAGUCCUCCAAAGAGAUGACGGCCACUGGCAGCUUGUAGGUACAGUCUCGCACGGCAUUAAAUGUGCAGCACCAUUCCUUCCAGGAGUCUACAUGAGAACUACGUACUAUAAACCUUGGUUGAAGAGCAUUACCGGAGUACAUUGAUUUAGGCCUUCGGGGUCAAAAAACGACGAUGCAAUACGUCCCCGUCGCAUUUCAAAUUGGGAAAAAGCUGCCAGGGCAUUUUUGUAGUCAAUUUUAUACUCUGAUAAUAACUAUUUGUUAUGAAAGGGUGCAAAGUUGUUAUUUGACGCGAGCGCUUGUAUUGACUUUGCUGUCGAGUGGAACACACAACUUUUCACCUCACUAUAGCGAGGAAAAUGGUAGAUAAAAGAAAAACUUAUAACAAAUCAGUUUUAAUGAACAAAUUAAUUAUCGUUGUCAAUGUAAGGUCAACAGUAAUAAGAAUAAAAUAUGCCGACGGAUUUAUAUUACAUAAAUAAUGUACGACAAGUCGCGUAGAAAACGUUUCAUAUUUUUUUUUUAUCGAAAGAAAUAGUUAGGUGAACCACAGUCAAUUGUUGCGUUCGAAUGUCAAAAACCUUUUCCACGUUAGCGUGGAAAAAACGCUUUUGCGCGCGAAUUUCUAAUGAGAAAGAAAACCUUUCCGAGCUAAUGAGGUGAAAAGGUAAUUUUUUCUUAAAUAGAAAACCACCGUGAGACUCAGAGAUAAAAUAUAACUGAAAUAACGGAUAACUCAUGUUAUCAUCAUGCUUAAUCAUGUGACCAAGGAUCACGGACUGGUUUGAAAGAUGUCGUGAAAAAAUUCGACAAAAAUAAAGCUCUAAAUACUUUCCUAUGAUAGCAAAUCUUGUAAAAAGUUCAAUUAAGUGAUUAAAUAAAUCACUCUGAAUUUAUUUAAAUUACCACUUACGUUGCGUGCACUUUAGAAAAAGCACAAAACAUCAAAACGUUAACUCUUAUUUGCCAUUUUACUCGUCUUUAUUUUAAUUAAAAAGUAACUUAUAACAAUUUCCAUUUUAUAUUUAAAAUAAAAUAUUGAGAUCCCACCCUUUAAUUAAUUAUAUAAAUUGAUUUAAACAAUUUUUUAUCUAAAACCUAUACAUUCCACAAACAAAAGACCUCGCGAAAUAAAUAAAGAAAAAUAUCUUUUAAUAAAGAAAAUGAAAACCUGUAUGAUAA